AUGUUCAAAUUAAUUGCUAUCAUAGCUCUUCUUGUGAUUGGAUCCUAUGCAAAGAAAAUUUCUGUAUCAUCAAAUGGUGCCUAUGUUGCUCGAUGCUUUAUUGAUAUAAAAGAUCAUUCAAGUACAUUUACAUUAGCUAGUGGAAAUAUUUAUGCUGGUCAAAAAUUUGAUAUGGAACUUCCUGAAGAUAUUCAAUGGAUGAAAAUUCGUUGUGAAAAUCAACGCCUUAUUGGUAAAUGGGGUGACGUUUUUUCACAAGAAUUAAGUGGUCCACGACCUCUCUGUUAUAAAGUUGGUGGUACUACAUUCCAUCCAACUUAUUCAGCUACGAUUUGUUAA